AUGCUUUUCUCCUCUCAAAAGAAGCCAGGGUACGAGCAAUAUUGGCUUGCCACCUCCUUCAUCAUUCCCAUCUUCAAACUUCUCAAAGUGCUGGAUUUGGAGCAGAUUCAUUUGGGUGACGAGUUCCCGAGUGAAAUAGAAAUCCUCCUUCAGCUGAGGUACUUGUCAAUUCGAGGUGGAAUGGAAGCCAUCCCGGCUUCCAUUGGUAAGCUGUCAAAUCUGGAGACUUUGAUUGUGUACCUGGAGAGAGUACACUUGAAUGUGUCAUUUCCGCGUACUCUUUGGAAUCUAAAGAAAUUGAAAUGGCUUUUCAUAAAUUCCGGGGGUGGUAUUCUGCCGGUCGAAAAUCUAGAGGAUUCCCCUAUUUUGCAGGAGCUGGAGAGUUUAUCUUGUGCAGUCAUGUACUCUCAUGCCAUCAUGGAGAAACAUCUGCGAAAGUUUCCAAAUAUCCGCAGGUUGAAAUGCGACCUAUCCCGGCUGUUUGCUCAGAACCAGAAUCUCAACGAGAUUGUAGUUCCUGGCUUCUUGGAAAAACUGGAAUCUCUUCAUUUGCUGCUUUCUGAUUUAACCUUGAUGAAGCAGAAGAGGCAUGCCACAUUUGAUUUCAGUUUGCCGGCAAGUCUUAAGAAGUUGACGUUGUCAAGGUUCGGAUUGCCUUGGGAGAAGAUUUCAGCCAUUGGUAAAGAACUCAAUCAACUUGAGGUUCUCAAGCUGCUUGAUUCCUGUUUCGUGGGGGAUACAUGGGAGAUGCAAUAUGAUGAAUUCCCAAACCUGAGAUACUUGAAACUGUCGAGGUUGGACCACGUGAACUGGACAGCUGAUGCUAGUUUUGAGUGCUUGGAGAAGUUGGUGUUGGAAAGCUGCAGCAAUCUGGUUGACAUUCCUGGCUGUUUAGGAUCUGUCACAAAACUCAAGACGAUUGAUGUCAUUUCUUGUUCAGACGGCUUAGAAAGUGUAGUCCAAGAAAUUGAGAGACAACAAAAGGAGGACUGGGGAAAUAAAUCCUUCAAGGUGCGCAGCUGUUGA